GUCCCACCCUCACCCACACCACCAUGCACCUCGUCACGGUCGCCACCUGUCAGCUGCGCCAGUGGGCGCUCGACUUUGAUGGCAACUGCAAGCGGAUCCUCGCGUCCAUCGGCAUCGCCAAGGAGCGCGGGGCGACGCUGCGUGUCGGCCCAGAGCUCGAGAUCCCGGGAUAUGGGUGUCUCGACCAUUUUCUCGAGGGCGACACGGAACAGCACUCGUGGGAGGUGCUCGGCGUUAUUCUCCAGAGCGAGGAGGCUAAGGACAUCGUCUGCGACAUUGGCAUGCCCAUCGUCCACAAGAGCACCAACUACAACUGCCGCGUCGUGAUUGCCAACGGCAAGAUCGUGCUUAUCCGCCCGAAGAUGUGGAUGGCCAACGACGGCAACUACCGUGAGCUGCGCCACUUCACGCCGUGGGGCAAGCCGCGGCAGACCGAGGAUUAUUACCUUCCAGACUUCAUCCAGGAGAUUACGGGACAGGAGGCCGUGCCCUUCGGCGACGCGACGAUCAAGACGGCGGACCGCCUGACGAUCGGCGUCGAGCUGUGCGAGGAGCUGUUCACACCCAACUCACCCCACAUCGGCAUGGCGCUGGACGGCGUCGAGAUUAUCACGAACAGCAGUGGAAGCCACCACGAGCUGCGCAAGCUCAACCGCCGCGUCGAGCUCAUCAAGGAGGCGACGAUGAAGUCGGGCGGCUUGUACCUCUACGCGAACCAGCAGGGGUGCGACGGCGAACGCCUGUACUACGACGGGUCGAGCAUGAUCGUGCUGAACGGCAAGAUUCUCGCGCGCGGCUCUCAGUUCUCGCUCAACGAAGUCGAGGUUGUCACCGCCACGAUCGACAUCGGCGCCGUGCACGCCCACCGCACCACGUCUUCCCGCCGUAUGCAGGCUGCCGAGGCGCCAAGCUACCCCCGCUUCGGCACCGACGUCCGCCUCGACGGCGGGCGGGGCAUGCGCCCCGGCGUGAUGGAGACUAAGGCCCCGUAUCCCGACAUGACUUACCACACUCCAGAGGAGGAGAUCGCGCUUGGCCCCGCCUGCUGGUUGUGGGACUACCUCCGCCGCUCGCGGACGCAGGGCUACUUCCUUCCGCUUAGUGGAGGCAUUGACUCUUGCGCCACUGCCACGAUCGUGCACUCGAUGUGCCGUCUCGUCGCCAAGGCCGCGACAGAGGGGAAUCAGCAGGUCAUUGCCGACGCGCGCCGCAUGACCGGCGAGCCCGAUGAUUCGUCCUACCUCCCCGUUGACCCGCGCGAGUUCGCUAACCGCAUCUUCCACACAUGCUACAUGGGGACAGAGAACUCAUCCGCGGAGACGCGCAAGCGUGCCAAGGACCUCGCCGAGGCGAUUGGCGCCUACCACGUCGACCUGAACAUGGACACGGCUGUGUCGGCUGUCAAGGGCAUUUUCACGCUGAUAACGGGCAAGAACCCGCGCUUCGCGGUGCACGGUGGGUCAAACGCUGAGAACCUGGCACUCCAGAACAUCCAGGCGCGCUUGCGCAUGGUUGUGGGCUACCUCUUCGCGCAGCUCCUCCCGUGGGCGCGCGGCAAGCAGGGCGGGCUCCUCGUGCUGGGAUCGGCGAACGUCGACGAGUCCCUGCGCGGCUACUUGACCAAAUAUGACUGCUCGAGCGCGGACGUGAACCCGAUCGGAGGCAUCUCGAAGACGGACUUGAAGCGGUUCAUCGCGUAUGCCGAAGGCGAGUUUGAGAUGCCGAUCCUGCGCUCGUUCCUGGACGCGAUCCCGUCGGCCGAGCUGAUCCCGAUCGGCGAGGACAACGCGGUGCAGAGCGACGAGGUCGAGAUGGGCAUGACGUACGACGAGCUGAGCGUGUUCGGGCGUCUGCGCAAGGUCGAGAAGUGCGGCCCGUUCAGCAUGUACGGCAAGCUCGUGCAGGAGUGGGGGAAUGCGCUGGCGCCGGCCGAGAUCGCGCGCAAGGUCAAGCACUUCUGGUUCAUGCACGCCAUCAACCGCCACAAGAUGACGACGCUCACGCCCUCGGUUCAUAUGGAGAGCUACAGCCCCGACGAUAACCGCUUCGACCUCCGGCCGUUCCUGUAUCCCUCCCGCUUUGAGCACCAGUUCUCCAAGAUCGACGCGCUCGCCGCCGCCCUGCCAGACAUGUCGACGCAGGCGGGGCCGGACAAGGCUAAGGUCGACUAG